AUGAAACUUGAAAGUUUUUUAAUCGUUUUAAUCUUCAAUUGGAUAUUGUUGAUAUCCGUUAAAACUGUUCCAACUCGAAAAGGUUUGACUAGACAUGCUGAAAAGUAUCACACGGCAAAGGAUCUCACAAAAACAUUAAAUGUUGAGGCUGAAUCCUCUGUCAAUCCUCAAAUUCAAAAACAUAAAGAAAAAUUAAAAUCAAAAUUAAAAAAUACAAAGGAAACAGAUAAAGGAGACAUGGUGAAUGACAGGAGUGAAUAUUUUAAAGAAUAUAGACAGAAAAAUAAAGAAAGGAUACGUGAAUAUAAGCGUAAUUACAAGAUACAAAAUAAAGAAAGAAUACGUACGUACUAAAAAUAAAAUUUUAUACCAAAAUAAUAGAGAAGUUGAAUGAAUACCAGCGAAAAUACCGUCAAAAUAAA